AUGUGGAAGACAUUCUCGAUGGGUAAACCAUCGCCAAGAAAUGAAUUUGUCUAUAAUAUUGAUGACUUUGAGCCUUCCCCGGGUGCUGCUAUCAGAGUUGGAGAUUAUAAACUGAUUACAGGGAAUCCGGAUAUACUGUAUCCGAUUCGAACAACCAAUCAAUCAGAUGGUUGGUUCAAUUAUGGUGACCCCCUGACAAACGGGUUCCCUGGCCCACCUACUUCGAUACCCGCCGAGAACGUGACAUACUUAUUCAAUAUAAGAGAUGAUCCUGAGGAAAGAAACAACAUCGCCGAUCUUUAUCCAGAGAUAGUACAAGCAUUACGUACACGGUUGGAUGAAUACCGUGAGGGUUUAGUCCCGCCGAUAGACGAUACACCUGACCUAGCUGGUCUUCCGUCGAACUUUGACGGUGUAUGGUCGCCUGGAUGGCGGAAUGUUUCAAAAUUUGGUAUUUUGUCCAAGUAA